AUGGCUGAUCAAGUAGUUAUCAUCAAGUGCCGCGUAUGGGGUGGUGAAACCGGUGUUACAUCCAAGCUUGCACCAAAGCUCGGUCCACUCGGUGUUCCAGCUCCAAAAGUUGCACAAGAGGUAGCUAAAGCCACAGAAAAGUUUAAGGGAUUCCGCGCAACAGUCAAGAUCACGGUCCAAAACCGUGAGUUCAAGGUUGACGUUGAGAACUCUACCUCCACUCUUUUGAUUGCAGCCCUGAACGAGCCACAUCGCGAUCGCAAGAAGACAAAAGCUGUUAAGCACAGUGGAAGUCUUUCUCUUGAUACAAUCAUUGACAUUGCUCGCACAAUGAGAGCAAAGUCAUGCGCUCGCAAGCUCGCAGGAACAGUCAAAGAGGUCCUCGGAACAGCGCAGGCGAUGGGUGCUCAUGUUGACGGAAUGGAUCCAAAGGAAGUUCAGAAGAAGAUCACUUCCGGCGAGAUUCCAAUCCCUGAGGCUUAA